AUGAUGAUCCUGUUCGUCAUUGGUGUCACUUUUGCCGCUCCUAAGAUUAACCCUCCUACGACCCCUGCUACGACCCCUGCUACGACCCCUGCUACGACCCCUGCUCCUACGGCGGUUAAUCCGACCGAUGACUCCGUCAUCAUCGAGCCCGUGGAUCCUGCAGAGCGACACUGCGCCGACUGCGUAUUCUGUAAGGGAUUGCCCGCGGGGGGUUUUUUCACCCACUUCGAAUGUCUCAAUAACUUGUUCGAGUGCGGCACUUCUUGUGAUAGCUGUUGCGAGGGUUUCUAG